UCCGAGCACACAGUCAGAAAGCCGCUCUCUCGCUCUCUCUCUAUCUCUCUCUCUCUCUCACACACAGACUCUCUCCCUCCCUCUCUCUAUCUCAGUCGUGUGUUCUCAAAGGGCCCGCCACUCCAAAGGGGGGGAUUUUCAAACAUCCCGAUGCAUCUCUGGACUUCUAGUUGGACUGCAUCACCCAGCUGUGGAGAGACUGCAGCGUGAACUUUUACCUCACCCCCCCCCUCCGACACGAGGAAAGGACAACUGGAAAAGAGGGAAAGACAAACAGAGGAGGAAGAAAAAGAAGAAAAAAAGAGAGAAAAUUUCAAAGAACUGCUUCAACACUGGGCACUUAUCAACACGGAGUGGACAGAGGAGAAGAGAAACAGUCUGGCUUGUUCACCGCUGGCAGCUCUUGGUCGUAGUCAGGAUGGGCUAGCCUGCUCGGACUACUCACCAUACUCCCACUCACAGCCUGGUUGGAAGGACCUGCGUGUCUGUGUGUGAGUGUGUGUGUGUGUGUGUGUGUGUGUGUGUGUGUGUGUGUGUGUGUGUAGGGGAGGAUGAGUGUUUACACGCUGAACCUUCGCGUGUUCUGGCCUCUGCUCAGCUGCGUGUUGGUGGUCCUACUGCUGCUUCAUCACCUCACCCUCCGGAACGUACCGGACACCUCAGCGGGUGAUGGCUGCCAGGACCCCCAGGCCCUCCUCCUCGGGCCCCUGUCGCUGCUCAAGUACGUGCUGGCGUUGGCCCUCUGCUACUUCUUCUUCCGGCACUGUGCCCGCGGGCCCGAGGGCGGCGGGGGGAGGAGGGGUCUGGGCCGGGCGCUGCUCCUGGAGGGCCACGGACGUGCACGGCGCGAGCUGCUGGAGGACUACUAUGAGCGCGAGGUGCGCCUCUCGCCCCACGUCCUGGGCCACAGCAAGGCGCAUGUGGCCAAGCUGGUCAGCGAGCUGGUGAGGGUGGGCCGCAGCGACGGGCCCCCGGAAUCUUCCCUGGCAUUUCGCGGCGAUCACGUGCAGAUCGGGAGCUCGUACGAGGAGCACAAGGUGGGCUCGCCGGACUGCUUCGACAUCCUUGUGCCGCUGCGGCUUCCUCGCGGGCUCACUCUGGACCCGGUGGUCUUCGCCGAGCGCCCAGGCGGGCCGCCGAUGGUCGCUCUGGAGACGCCGCGGCGCUCGGACUGGACGCGGCGACACCGGGCGUUCGCUGAGGGCUUCCUGCGCGUGCACGCGUCCGCUAGUGCCCAGCGCCUCAGCCCGGAUUGCGUGCUGCGCUGGUUCUACCCGGCCGCCCAGCGCUGCUUGGCUACGGUCCGCUACCCUUUCGAGCAGCGCUGCGCCCUGAGCCUGUCGCUCGGCGAGGACCAGCGCGUGCAGCUCCGCCUGACGCCGCGCUCCGACUACGUCUGCUGCCACAUCUCCAUGGGCGUGCGGCUCAUCCCCGCGCUCCCCCUGGGCGACUCGGCCUUCCUGGUCCCCACGUCGGACCCGCGCCACCCGGGCGAGGACCUGUGGGCCGUCUACUUCCCCAAGCAGGAGCAGCGUCUGCUGGGUCUCCUGAAGGGACGUCUCCCCGCCGGCUCCUGCCACCUCAAGGUCCUCCAGCUGGCCAAGGAGGUGCGGGAUUUAGGGGGUCAGACGCUGGACAACCAGGCCCGCGCCGAGUGGAAAGGGGCACUGUCCUCCUACGCCCUAAAAACCGCCUGGCUGCGGCUGCUCUUCAGCACGCCCGCCGAGGCCUGGGAAGACCGCCACCUGGUGGACCGUCUAGAGGACCUGCUGAGGAGCCUGAGGGAGAGCCUGCAGAGCUGCACCCUGAGGCACCUGUUUCUCGGGGGCGACGUGGGCCUGCUCCCCGAGUCCGUGGCAAUGCCCAAGCUGCUGAAGGAUACACCGCUGGCCAACCUGUGGGAAGGGGUAAGCGCGGCCUCCCUGGAGCUGGUGGCGGCGCGGCUUUCCUACACCUGGGCGCACCUUCACCGGCUUAUCCGACUGGGGCGGCCCCAGAGAAGCAGUCUAGGCAGGGGUCUGCACUGCAAACACAUAGAGGCCGAGUGAGGAGCCUCUACAACACCACUCCCAAUGAAUCUAACAGCAAUAUCUAUUACCCAGGGUCCAGGGACUGGCUCCUUACUUCAGGGCAAUUGUUGGCUUGAUAACUCAUUCUAUGUUCAGACUCAUGUUUGCAGACAUUUAUAAUGCCAAACAAUGAUCUCAUUAAGUGAUAAUGUUGAUUUUGUUUUUUGCACUGCUAGAUACAACCAUUAUGUUUUAUGGAAUAUUUAUCAGCAAACACCGGUGCCUUAUAUAUCAUUAAAGAAACAGUCCAUUUGGAAAAAGUCUGUAAAAUUCAUAUGAUGAAAGUGUUUUAGCAUAGACAUAAUGCUGUGUUUUUAUACAGUUACAUAGAAAAAUAAUAUUUUAGUUGUUUAUUUUUAUAUACCUAUGUUGCAUGUUAAAGGGCAUUAUGCCAUUUAAAUGUGCAAGUUCUUUACCACCGAUUUAACAUG